AUGGUGCCCACUCCGACGUGCCGGAGCACCCGCCUAGACAAAUACGAAAUGCUGGAGACAGUAGGCGAAGGUGCAUAUGGCAUCGUCUGGAAAGCGAGAAACCGCGAGACAAAUGAAGUCGUUGCGAUCAAGCAGUUCAAGGAUUCGGAAGAAAAUGAAGAAGUCAAAAGAACGACGAUGCGAGAACUGAGGGUUUUGAGAAGUUUACGGCAAGAAAAUAUUGUCCAGUUGUUGGAGUUUUUCAAGAGGAAAAGAAAACUCUUCCUUGUCUUCGAAUUCGUGGAGAAAAAUAUGCUUGAAGUUCUGAAUGAAAAUCCGAGAGGAAUGAGCCAAUCUACAGUGAAAUCUUACGCGCAUCAAUUGAUUAAAGCUGUUGCAUGGUGCCAUGCUCGAGACAUCAUCCAUCGCGAUAUAAAGCCUGAAAAUCUCCUAAUCUCCACUACUGGAAAGCUAAAACUUUGUGACUUUGGUUUUGCUCGCCCUGUUUCUGCUCGUAGUGAAAGCUCCAGGUACACAGAUUACGUCGCCACAAGAUGGUACCGUGCACCAGAACUUCUUCUUGGUUCAAAGUACGGCCGAGCUGUUGAUGUCUGGUCGAUUGGUUGUAUCAUUGGCGAGCUUUCCGACGGCGAACCCUUAUUUCCCGGCGACAACGAGAUCCACCAACUAGUCUGCGUCCAAAAAAUCCUCGGCACCCUCCCUCCAGAUCAAAUGGCCAAGUUCAGACAAAAUCCCGUUUUCCGCGGCGCCAAUCUUCGCGAAAUCCGCUUCCCCGCCCAAAGUCGUCUGAAAGAGCGCUACCAAAGAGUAAUCGCAGACAACAUGCUCGCGCUGAUGGAGGGCAUGUUGAAAAUGGACCCGGAUUGUCGAUUUACUGCGACUCAAUCCCUCGGACACGUGACCUUCAACCCGAGAAAAAUGGUCAGACAUCAUUCUCAACCAGCACCGCUGAAACGAGGUCCUCAGCGAUCACCAACAGCACCUGAAACCAGCAUUUUGACGCAAAAACAAGCGUCGUACUCAAUUUCGUCCCUCGGCAAUUCCAUUAAUGACUUGAGCCUUUCCGUUGAAAACAAACAAAAACGGGGGUCGACAGAAAUUUAUCGUCAGCUAAAAGAAAAGGUGAAACCGAAGCCCGUUGCAAAGGUCUUUCCUCAAAAUUCAAGCCACCCACCGACCUUUGUUCGUCAAAUGAGCUUGCCAGAAUAUCCGAAGAGAAAACAGCCUGUUCUCCGAACCGGAUCGAUGCUGGUGAAAAAGUCGCCUGUUCCUCCAGUCGGUUCUAGUGGAGCAAGUCUUGGUUCUCAGAAUUCAACACCAUCUGUUACGCCUAUAACGACGCCGACUCCGGAGAGGAAAAUCAGCUUACCGACCCUUAUCAACUCUGUUGGAAGCCUUAGCCCUCAGAAACCGACAAGAAAGCACAAACAAAGCGGCCAAAGCAAAAUUCCAUCAUCCGUCGCUUCCAGUAUCCAACGAACGAUCGCCAACAGUCCGAAGAUGAUGCGAUCCUUGAUUCAAACCGCGACGCAAGAAGCAAUUUCAAGCCCAAAUACGCAGAAAGAAAUGGCGAAGAUCGCAGGAAAAAUUCGCUCGAGGCAAGAUGUCCCGCCGGAUAACUCAGAAAUGAACAGAGGAAGAUCAAGAAGUCGGUUUAUUUUUCAAUCGCCAGACAUGAACAACAGCAAUAACGAAGUAGCGGACAAAUCGGGAAUCUAUUCUCGCGCCCUGAAUCGCCUGGAAACGGAACUAGAUCAAACCCAAAUGCGUAAAAAUCGAAUUGCCUGGUACCUCGAUCAAUAA